AUGCAGCCCAGAGGUGCUCGUACCCUUAUGCUGUUGAUGCUUUUGCACGGCCUGGAAGCCCCACAGGCGGGGGCAGCUGCAUCGGCACAGGAUGGAGCGAAUACAACUGUAGAACACCUGCGGGUGCUGGAUCCUCCAGGGAGCAAUUGGAGCUGGGGAGUUGGACACGAAGCGGAAGGCGUGGGCAAGGAGGGCCCUAGCUGGAUGACUGUGAGGGAGGGGAUGCGUUUGACGGAACCCCGGGAGAAAGUGCGGGGCUUGAAGACCGUCUUGACGGCUCUGCUGUUCAUUGGGGGGUAUUUGCUGGCCCACGUUCUGGCCAGCCCUGAACGAGGGCUUUCUGCGCUGAGCCGUGUUGAGUCGUUACAGGAGCCUGAGAACAUGUGGCUUGCGAGCGCCGCGGCUGUAUUGGGAAUGUUUUUCUCUGGGCUGGGUGAACUGGUACAGUCUGUGUUAUUGAGGCGUGGACAGUCAGUAAAUUUGGCAAGUGAGGCCCACCAGCAGGCCAGCCGGAAAAGAGGACUGCCCCAGAUGGUCACGGCAGCUUUCUUGUACGUCUCAUGUUUAGGUGCUGCCCUGUACAUGGGUCCUCUCUUCUCCAUCGACAGGCUGCAGGCCCAGAUCCUCAGCACGGCAGCUGCGGGGCUCUUCUUCUGGGGGGCGGCUCUAUACUUCGAUCCCUUUGGGCUGGUCGAUUAG